AACCAUUAGGUCAUUUGACAUGGAGACGCCCAGAACGUAAGAUCAACAGCUCAUAACCGGUGUGUAAAAAAUAUAACAGGCUGAUGGCAUCGGCCGGCAGUAUAUAAACAAGCGCGGCGCACAGCUCUAGUGUAGAUUCUUUGAAAACAAGUGACCCGAUUAAGUUGCCGCUCAGUCGACUCACGGUCAAGGUUCAGAAUGUUGCUUACAGUUAGUCUAGUCUUGGGUGCCCUCGGGACGCUUUACGUUUACUUAGUGUGGAAAUUCAAUUACUGGAAGGACCGAAAUGUUCCUGGACCCGACCCUAAGCCAUUGUUGGGAAGUUUCCCAUCGGUUUUACUUCGUAAUAGACCUUUUCAGGAUGAGAUGGAUGAAGUUUACAGACGAUACAAAAGUGCAUACAACUUUAUCGGAGUGUUUGCAAUCCGUUCGCCUCGGAUAUUUGUUCUCUCAUCAGCUUUGGCGAAAAAUAUUCUAACCAAAGAUUUCAAACAUUUUCACGACAAUGAGUUUAGUGAAAGCGUAAAUAAAGAAGCUGACCCGAUCUUGGGCCGAAAUCCAUUCAUCUUAGAUGGCGCUGAGUGGAAAGAAAAACGCGCUGAGAUAACACCGGCGUUCACCACAUCCAGGAUUAAAGCGUUAUUUUCCAUCGUCGAAGAUGUAGGAUCUCGAAUGACGACUUACAUUAAAACACACACGGGCUCUCCUCUAGAGGCCAGAGAACUGUCGGCAAAAUUUACAACCGAUGUCGUUUCCAGCUGCAUAUUUGCUGCCGAUGCCCAAUCAUUCACCAGUGAAAAGCCAAAAAUCCGAGAAAUGGGUAGCAAGCUGAUGGAUUUUUCAUUUUUCUCGUUCGCUUGUCUGGUUUUCAUGGAAAUGUUUCCGACUAUUGCGAGAAAACUGAAAAUUGGUUUCAUAUCUAAAUCGGUGCAAGAUUUUUUCUUAAAUUUGAUGUCGGAGGCGAUUACCAUUCGUGAAGCUAGUACAAUCAAAAGGCUUGACUACCUCGACUAUCUGAUAAGCUUACGGAAGAAAAAAGUGAUAUCAGACCUGGACAUGGCGGCACACGGUGUGACAUUUUUUAUCGAUGGUUUCGAAACAUCCAGCGUUACAAUGGGUUUUGCGCUGUAUGAACUGGCGAAGAACCCUGAAGUUCAAACACGACUUCGAGAGGAACUGACACAAGCAGCAACGGACAAUGGUCUUAUCGCGUUUGACGUGUUGACAGAAUUACCAUAUCUGGAUCAGGUGCUCAACGAAGUUCUUCGUCUUUGGCCCCCAGUUUCAUUUAUAUCUAAACGAUGUGUUGAACCAAUCGAAUUGAAUUUAACGUCUAACCAAACUGUACGCAUAGAGGAGAACGUUUGUGCUUACAUCUCGCUAUGGUCAUUGCAUCGGGAUUCGGAUAACUUCGAUGAUCCUCUUACCUUCAAUCCGGAUCGCUUCGAUCCCGCCACAGGCGGCACUGCUCCGUACCGUGAGAAGGGGUGUUUCAUUCCUUUUGGUGACGGUCCCCGGCAGUGUCUUGGAAUGCGAUUCGCACGAGUGCAAGUCAAACGGGGACUGUACGAAAUUAUAAGAAAUUUUGAAGUUACUGUUGACCCGAAGACCAAGCAGCCGCUACAAAUUGAUCCGAAACAGUUACUAACCGUGGCUGCUGGCGGGCUUUGGUUAAACUUUAAACCGAUUUGAGUUGUAAAUAUUACCGUAAUCUUUCUGAAAUAUAUGAACUCGAAUCAACUACAAACAC